AUGAGUGUGAUCCCGUCUUGUCUCCUUGACUUCCAGCAUUACUGCACAUCAAAGGGAGGCCAUCUUGUGCACGUCAACAACGCCAAUGAAAACAACUUCAUACGAGACGUUAUCAUGCAUCAAGCCCCAACGGCACACUGGUGGCUAGGAGCGAACGAUGAUACGACAGAGGGAGUAUGGCAGUGGGUAGAUGAUGACUCCUCGCUUCAAUUUAAUGACUUUUGGCCAGGAAUGCCGGAUGGUGAUGGGGACUGCGCGUUUUACAGCCACGGUGGAGACUACAAGUGGGAUGACGCCAACUGCCAGUUGGCUUACAACGGCAUCUGUGAACUAAAGAUUCAGAAGGAAUGUGCUCCUAUCAUCGGCUGAACACGUCAACAGUCAAAGAAGUACGGAUGAAGUUGAACACUCCGUUGAAUAUUUGCUUCAUAACCUGAGUAAUUACUUUUAAAGGGUUUCACCCUUGCAUACGUAGAAACGCUUGAUUUUUUAAAAUAGGUUAUAAAAAUAUACUGUAGAUUCUUG